AUGGCAUCAUAUCCCAAGAUGGUAGUAGAACCAGCUUCAAACUCUGAUCUAUCCGAAAAGGGUGCCCCAUGUCCCGAGGCACUACUCUCCCUUGCCGCCGGAUCGGCGGCGGUGACUGAACUGGCCCUGGUGAUUUCGCUCAUCUAUGUGGAUCGACUCAAGAAGGUGCUGAGUACCAUGGCCCGAGGCGAUCCAGAUACGCCCUUCAAGAUCAUGUUGUCGGCCUUGCUCGUCGUCAAGAAGUUCUUGGACGAAGACUGUGUAGGUCUGAACCGCCUCUUUUCAAGAAUCACCAACGGUCUGUAUACCCUCAAGGAUAUCAACACCAUGGAGCGAUCCUUCCUUGGUCUUCUCAAGUACAGCCUGUUCGUCACCGAAGAGGACGUUACUCAGUUUAUCCAAUGCCACCAAAAGGAGCUCCAGGGGUUGGAUAUCCUCAACACCACCUCAAGACCCGCUGUCGCCGCGUAA